GCAUCCCCGUUUUAGACUUUCGCGCCUCAUUACACAACAGGUAAAGCUUCCGGUCUCUAUAACAGAACGGUCUGGAUACGCCUUGAAGUGCUCACCAUGAAACUGCCAUGGUUUGCCGCGGCGGCGCUGCUUCCUUUUUGCGCAUCUAAUGCGCUUAUCCCCGUUGAAGGCCAACAGCCGAUUCAAAGUCCAGCUUCUGGUGCAUCAAGUCACGAAAAUCUGUCAGAUGUGAUAGCUGCAUCCCCCUUGCUCUCGUUGCAUAGAGCGAUCUGUGAAAUCGAAUCAGUGAGCAACAAUGAGCUAGCCGUGGGAAAAUUGAUCAUUUCGAUCCUCGAAGCACACAAUUUCACAAUCAAGACUCAGAGCGUGCCACCACCACACGCAACGAACAGUUCCAAGCCACGGUAUAACAUCUACGCGUACCCAGAUGUUUCUAAAUAUGAAGGAGCGAGUACAGAAGCAGCCAUCCCAUCGCCGAAAGUGCUGUUGAGCUCGCACAUCGACACUGUGCCACCACAUAUUCCGUACUCGCUAUCACUACCCAACAAGAAGAAGUCCUCAAGGAAGGAUAUCUUGAUCUCUGGACGAGGCACCGUCGAUGAUAAAGCUUGCGUGGCUGUCCAGAUCCAGACGCUGUUGGACUUGCUUGCCGAUCCCGACACCAAGCUCGACCCUUCGGAUGUGGCACUGCUCUUUGUCGUCGGUGAAGAGCAGACCGGCGAUGGAAUGAAACAUUUCUCGGCUUCAGAUUUAUACGAGGACACGAACAGCGACUACAAGGCAAUCUUAUUCGGUGAGCCUACAGAAGGGAAACUCGCUGCAGGACACAAGGGCAUCUUCAUGGUCUCGAUCAAGGCGCAGGGUAAGGCUGCGCAUUCCGGAUACCCUUGGCUCGGAAGAAGUGCAAACAGCAUGAUUUUACCUGCCCUGGUGGUUCUCGAUGGUCUGGGCGAUAUUCCAGAGGAUGUAGGCGGACUGCCCCGGAGCAAGAAAUACGGCAAGAGCACAGUCAAUGUGGGAUACAUGCAAGGCGGUGUUGCGGGUAAUGUCGUUCCGGAGUAUGCCACGGCGGAUGUCACCUUCAGGCUGGCUGGAGGUAACGUCGACGACGUCAAGGAGCUUGUUACGCAGGCCAUUAGAGACGUUGAUCCGGACGAGGAGUUGGAGCUGGAGUUCAGUCAGGGGUAUGGCCCUGUCUCGCUGGAUGUGGAUGUCCAAGGAUUUGAUACGAUUACUGUGAACUACGGAACUGAUAUACCGAAUUUGAAGGUCAACGAGGGCGUGAAGAGGUACCUGUACGGCCCUGGCAGUAUUCUGGUUGCGCAUGGGAAAAAUGAAGGAUUAACGGUGGGCGAUUUGGAGGAGGCGCUCGAUGGGUAUAAGAAGUUGGUGAUGCAUUCACUCAAACUUUGAGGUGGAAGAUUCUCCCGGUGGGAUGCAAUGGAACAUGAUUAUGGACGACUUUAAUAGAAACAUAGGUACCAGUAUGAGUGAGAGUUCCAGGGCUGCUUCGGAGCGAAAGCAUGAUACUG